CCAGAAGUAACGACUAACGAGAGGGUAGGUAAGGUCAGUCACAUUAUAGAACUUACCUUCAGCAUGAACACCGCGAAACUAUGAACAACCUCUAUAAAACUUUUAUUUUCUUCUUUUCUUUCUAACCGCUUUGGGUUUUAGGGUUUAUUAUCACAGUUUCACAUUCAAACGCCGCAUUGUGAAAACUCCAUGGAUGAAGUUAGGGCUACCUCUGCUUGGGUCGCUAGCCGCUCCUCCCAUGUCACCGUCGACUCUUCAGGAAUUGAGAAAGUAGUGAGCAAGAUUGAGUCUAUUCCCAAAGUUGAAUGGGAUUUUGAAGGGAUUCAUUAUUUUGAUAAUGGACCUCUCACUGUUCAGUACUUGUUUGUUUUGGACGCUUUGAAUUUUUGCUUCUGGCCUGAUAAGGAUUUGAAUUAUGAUGAUUUGGCAUCUGGGCUAAAAGCAGCUCUUCAAAAUGAUAAGUCUGCAUUUGAUGCUGAUCGCCUGCAAAAGUAUACUGGUCCGCAACUACGCGAGCUUUUGAAUUGGCCUAGACCUCUUCCUUUGGAAGAUGAACGUGUUAGAUUACUUCACGAGGUUGGGAUUGAGCUGGAAAGGAAUUUUGACGGAAAAGCUUCUAAUCUUGUAGAGCAGUGUGGAAAAUCAGCCGUGAAUCUUGUUGCCCUUGUUGCACGUCAUUUUCCUGGCUUCAGAGACCACUCAGUGUACAAAGGUCGACAAGUAUUUUUAUAUAAAAGAGCUCAGAUAUUUGUAGCAGAUUUAUGGGGUGCAUUUAAUGGCCAAGGAUACGGUGAGUUUAAAGACAUCAGCUCUCUGACUAUAAUGGCGGACUAUAUUGUCCCAGCCGUGCUUCAGCAGCUUGGUAUUUUAAAGUUCAGCCCAAAACUUGCGAGUACUAUUGAAGCCAGUGGUGAAAUAUGUCCGGGGACUGAGGAGGAAGUUGAACUACGAGCUUGCUCUAUACAUGCCGUGGAGAAAAUGAGGGAGCUGAUAAGUGUAAAAUCAGGAAGACAGGUGCUCAGUGUAGAGCUGGAUCUUUGGCUCUGGGCUUCUGGAGUUCAGACUGAAUCUCUGAAGCACCACAGAACACUUUCAAUAUAUUAUUGAACAUAUAUGAUAUAUGAUAAUUCCCAGUUUUCAAUAAUUUAGUUUUAGAACAAGAAUUUUUUGGCUGUUUAAGGUAUUUAUUUAAGAUUAUGUGAAUUGGCUUUUGUAAUUUUGGAAAUGAGACACAAGAGCUACUGGACGACAGAAAGUGCCUCAGCUAUUGACAAAAAAAGUAAAUAGCUAAAACUUUCAUACACUA